AUGGCCACCAUGCAAAGUGACUCCCACAGAAGAUCCAGACAUUCUAAAAAGAUACAAAAAGGUUAUACUGGCGCAUAUCCAAAGCAAUCUUCUAUUCCUUAUAAAUUUCGGACCAUAGUAAUCCCGGAUUCAGAAAAGAAAGGAUUUAACAGUCAAACCAAAAGAUUUUGUUAUAAACUGGAUGAUAACCCAGGUCCAGGUUUCUACAAUGUCAUUCAUCAAUCUCCAGAGUUCAAUAGCGUCUCAAUAUCAAGGAAAGGAACAGGAGCUUUUCCUUCUAUGGAUACUCGAAUGUACUCGAAGACUCCUAAUUAUCCUGCAGCUAAUGCCUACAACGUCCCAUCGAACUUUACUUCCAAGAAGGACUUCAGUCAAGCAGGCUCUAGCAUGUUCCAGUUACCCUUCUGUGGGAAAGUCACCAAGUGGCUCACCCCAGCACCCAAUCAGUAUGAUACCACAGUAUCUCUCUGCAUGAAACGGAAUGAUUUGUGUUCUGGGGUUGCUUUUAUGUCAAAAACCCCAAGAACAUGGACAACCGUUAGAAAUAAGCUGGCACCUUCCCCAGGGCAUUACGAGAUUAAUGAGAGCCUGGUGAAGGAGGCCCCCAAGCUUGUUGGAUGUGGUUUUAAGUCAAGAACUGGUCGGGAUGUGAAGAUAACAUCUUUUGUCCCUGGGCCAGGCUACUACAAUCCUAAUGGGCCCAUCAAAAUCCCUCCAAAGAAGAAAAUGAUCCCGGCCCCCUCUUGUUCAGUCGUUUCAGUCAUGUCCCCAUUCGGGCACCUAGCUUUGUGCCUGGGAGGAAGGAAACGAUACGCACUGACAUUCUCUGCGUUCCCACUGCCUCCUGUCCCCAAGCCUCCCAUCCCAGGUCCUGGUCAAUAUGACAUCGUGAACUAUGACACCCCCCAGAAACAUUACAUCUCCACCUCCACAUUCGUGUCCAGUACCAGUCGGUGGGCAGGAAACGCAAACCAGACUCUCCCGGGACCAAAUACAUACAAGCCUGAAUUCCCUGGAAAACAGUCUUUUAUCUACAACAGUGACAAAAAAUGGAUCCCUGUUUUAUAACAGAGUCCUAAA